AUCCCGUUCAAAGGCAAAUGGCUACAGGAGGACAAGAGAAUAACGACAUCAUCAUUCUGCUAGUGGGCCAGACCGGACAUGGUAAGAGCGCCACCGGAAACAGCAUUCUUGGUUGGGAGGCCUUCAAGUCCAAGCUCUCUCCUAAGUCUGUGACUGACAGGAUUCAGCGCCAGAUUGGUGUUCGAAAUGGAAGACGCAUUGAGAUUGUGGACACACCUGGACUUGCUGAUACGUCAGAGGAUAAAGACAUUGAAAAGCUCCUAACAGAAGCACUUUUCCAGACACUCCCAGGCUUAAACGCCGUUUUAUUCGUACUGAAACCAGAUAGGUUUACCAAUGAGUUGGUGAAAACUGUAACAUCCAUUUUUAACUUUUUUGGACACAGUGUAAGUAAAUUUGCAUUUGUUCUUUUUACAUACACUAAAACUGGAGAAAAAAUGAACGAGUAUCUAGAAGGUAUUGGUGAUGAAGCGAGCGGGAAUCUCUUGACACUUAAAGAUCUUUUAGACAAAUGCGAGAACAAAAAGCUGUUCAUAGAUAAUGAAAAUGAAGCAGAACAAAAAAAUAUUAUGGUAAAUGACAUAAUAUGUUCAAUUGAUAAAAAUGUGCAAAGACUGGGACAACACUAUUUUACAAACGAUAUGUACAAGCUAUUGCAUGUAUUUGUAGACAGAUGUGUGCAACCUACAGCGAAAACUAACAUUUUACAGAAAAUAUCAAAUGUAAAAAUAGGUCACGAAAGCCAUAACAUGGUAGGGAGAAGAAAACAAAACGAAUCAUCAUUCGAGAUCGUACGAAAAGGCAAGAAUUUACAACAAAGGUCAGAUCAACCUCAUCAUUGUGAACAAUUGAACGAUAAUAAAGCUAAGGACACUCAUGGAGGUAAACAUGAUUUUCGAACGCUUCGCCUCAGGAUGGACAGAGGUGUUAAAGAAUUAACGGCGCUGUUUGAAUCUAAACAAAAGUCCAGUAAAGAUAAAUGCAAUCAUGAUCGAGUGUACGAAUACACGUCUGGAAAUAAUGUGUCGCUGGAGUUUGAAUGCCGUGGUAAACGUCAAUACAAAGAUAAUAAAUUAGGCGCGUUUUCUCCAAGCGAAUGCGCAAACACAGCAGUCCGGGACUGUCCAAAACCAAUAGAUAAAACCCAUAAUGAGUCAGGCAUUCAUACACCUAACACAAACUCAGCCGAGGAAGUCAAACAAUUUUAUAAACAACAACCACAAGAUACUAAACUGAGCAUUUAUUUUCCCGGAAAAUCCACAUAUAAAAGUGACGACACAACAUCUAACGAUGGAUCUAGAUGCAAGUCUAACGGCGAUAAGUCGUCAUCGAAAGCAGAGAGGGAGUUCAAGCAUUGUAACCGCCAACAGCGAGCUGAAGAAAAUGAAUCGAGCAACUAUUUUGCCAGAAAAUGCACCUUGACAACAGACGAGGCGGACUACACAACAUCCACCAAGGAUCUUCGUUUUAAUCAAAUGUAUGACCUUACCCAAACGAUAACGGAACAAGGUCUUGAGGAAAUCUCUGAAGAUGAUCAAAUCGAUGAGCAUUCAUUAGCUAUUAAUGAUGACAUGUUACUAACAAGAAGAAGUUCUAGCAAUAUAAACAUUACUAGUGAUGAGUGUCGAUCCAAUAUUGGAGACAUAAAACCAUAUUUUGGAAGUGUCCCUUUCAGGAAAUACGACAGCUUCAAACGAAAUAUAGACAAAAAACCUGGUUUCUUUAAUCGCGUGUAUGUAGCUUUUGGAAAAUGGUUUAAACGCUUUUUUAUAACAAAGAAUUACUGAAUGGCGAUUUCUUUGCAAUGGCAGUGUUGUUUCGAUAUGACAAAGACACCCUUUUUUUAAACAUCGCCUUCUUUUAAAUAAAGUUUGUGAAAUUAUAAUUUGUUAUAAGAUUUAACGUGAGUGGUUUCAUCAAUUGAUACAUUAUUUGUAUCCAAAUUAGAAACAAAUCGCCACGAGAGCGAACGAAACACAAGCAGAACUGAACAUGUAUAGUCAUUGUGUAUCCAGAUAUUGUUUACUUAAUUAUCACACAUAGAAUUUAAAGCAUACACCGUUCAGCAUUAUGUACUGAUACAAAUGCUUAAAUAGUGGAUAUCAUUGAUUCAUCAAGAUUUGUAUUAUAACCGAUGAUGUUGUUUUUGGUAUGAGUUAUUACUUGAUUGUAUUGUUAAAAGUAUUAAUUAUUUUAACCGCAUGUAAAAAUUUUGCUUGUUUAUUAAAAAGGGAAAACUUAAAAAAAUUAAAUUCAAAUUAAUACUGAUAUGUUGAUAUUUACAUCUUUUGCAGUGUCAAUAACACACGAGUAUGUUCGAGAAAGACUCUUCAUUUUUACAUUAUCUUAGUUAUUUCUACCGUCAUAUUGUCUUUUCAUUUUAAAAGAAAACAUUCGAUUGUUGAUUUUUUCUAUCGGAUAUUUUAUGCAUAUUGUCUUUGUACGGAAACCAUUCAAAACGUCGAAAAGUCCUACACGCGUGUACUAUAUUAUCAAUAUAAAAACGUGCAAUAAAAACAAUAAUGACGUUAUUAAAGAUUACCAGCAUUGAAAAUAAUUUCACUUAUCAUACCUUUGAUAAAAUAUUAGUAGAUGUACGUUGUAUAACGUAAAGCAUUUUAAUUAAGCGCAUGUCAUUUGUAUGAAAGCCAUAUUUAUAAUACUAUAUUACAUGUAUACAUGUAUAUAAAUAAAUACAAAUCUUUGAUCAAGUCAAACUAUUUGUACAGCCGACCAUAAUUAUGUUAAC